AUGGAGUCGGUAAAACAAAGGAUUUGGGCCCCAGGAAAAGAGGGGCUAAAGAAUUUUGCUGGAAAAUCCCUCGGCCAGAUCUACAGGGUGCUGGAGAAGAAGCAGGAUACCGGGGAGACCAUCGAGCUGACGGAGGAUGGAAAGCCCCUGGAAGCGCCUGAGAAAAAGGCGCCGCUGUGCGACUGCACGUGCUUCGGCCUGCCGCGCCGGUACAUCAUCGCCAUCAUGAGUGGCCUGGGCUUCUGCAUCUCUUUCGGCAUUCGCUGCAACCUGGGCGUGGCCAUCGUGGACAUGGUCAACAACAGCACCAUCCAUCGUGGGGGCAAAGUCAUCAAGGAGAAAGCCAAAUUCAACUGGGACCCAGAAACCGUGGGAAUGAUCCACGGUUCCUUCUUUUGGGGCUACAUUAUCACCCAGAUUCCGGGCGGAUACAUCGCGUCUCGGUUGGCAGCCAACAGGGUUUUUGGAGCUGCCAUACUUCUUACCUCUACUCUAAAUAUGUUAAUCCCAUCAGCAGCCAGAGUGCAUUAUGGAUGUGUCAUCUUUGUUAGAAUAUUGCAGGGACUUGUUGAGGGUGUCACCUACCCAGCUUGUCAUGGGAUAUGGAGCAAAUGGGCUCCUCCUCUGGAGAGGAGUCGGUUGGCGACCACCUCCUUUUGUGGUUCCUAUGCUGGGGCUGUGAUUGCAAUGCCUUUAGCUGGUAUUCUUGUACAAUACACUGGCUGGUCUUCAGUAUUUUACGUCUAUGGAAGCUUUGGAAUGGUCUGGUAUAUGUUUUGGCUUUUGGUAUCUUACGAGAGCCCUGCAAAGCAUCCUACUAUUACAGAUGAAGAACGUAGGUACAUAGAAGAGAGCAUUGGAGAGAGUGCAAAUCUUUUAGGUGCAAUGGAAAAAUUCAAGACUCCAUGGAGGAAAUUUUUUACAUCUAUGCCAGUCUAUGCAAUAAUUGUUGCAAACUUCUGUAGAAGUUGGACUUUUUAUUUAUUGCUUAUUAGUCAGCCAGCAUAUUUUGAGGAAGUGUUUGGAUUUGAAAUCAGCAAGGUUGGCAUGCUAUCUGCUGUGCCACACUUAGUCAUGACAAUCAUUGUACCUAUUGGAGGACAAAUUGCAGAUUUCCUAAGAAGCAAGCAAAUUCUUUCAACUACUACAGUGAGAAAGAUCAUGAAUUGUGGUGGUUUUGGCAUGGAAGCCACACUGCUUCUGGUUGUUGGCUAUUCUCAUACUAGAGGGGUAGCCAUUUCAUUCUUGGUACUUGCAGUAGGAUUCAGUGGAUUUGCUAUAUCUGUACUGGAUAUUGAACCUAGAGCCUUGUACCUAUUAGAUAUUGCUGAUUUACCUAUUUCACGUGAAGAGUGGCAGUAUGUCUUCCUGAUUGCUGCCCUUGUCCACUAUGGUGGAGUUAUAUUUUAUGCAAUAUUUGCCUCAGGGGAGAAACAACCCUGGGCAGACCCUGAGGAGACAAGUGAAGAAAAAUGUGGCUUCAUCCAUGAAGAUGAACUUGAUGAAGAAACAGGGGACAUUACUCAGAAUUAUAUAAAUUAUGGUACCACAAAAUCUUAUGGUGCCACAACACAGGCCAAUGGAGGUUGGCCCAAUGGUUGGGAAAAGAAAGAGGAAUUUGUACAAGAAGAGGUACAAGAUACAUAUACCUAUAAGGACCGAGAUGAUUAUUCAUAA